AUUAAUUCGAGAAUUGUGAUUAAAGCAAGAUAGCUUCAAGAAAAUGUAAAGUUUGAGGGAUUCGAACAGGGAUUUAUUGCCUAGGAGUGGCGUUAUUCCAGUUACAAAGUAAUAUCGAACAAAAGGUUGAAGGUGCAAAAGGAUGAAGGUCGAAGGAUGAAAGUCAAAGCUAUGGUGAAAAGUUUUGGAAGUCACCUCGAAAGAGCGCCACCUGAGGUCUACCUUAUCCUCUUCGUCAUCAUUUUAAGUGCAUCAGCAACACUUGGCAUUGAUCUCUCACAAUGCAUCGCACCGCUUGGUAUGGAAUCAGGAGCGAUUCCUGAUGCCGACAUCACUUCAAGUUCCAGCUUCGACAGCGGAAAUGUCGGUCCUCAUCAAGCACGAAUGCGAUCUGAGAAUCAUGGAGGUGCCUGGUGCCCAAAAGAUCAGAUAACUCAUGAGCCUCGAGAAUGGUUGGAGAUUGACCUUCACACCGUUCACAUGAUCACCGCAACCGGUACCCAAGGUCGUUUCGGAAACGGUAUAGGGGUGGAAUUUGCGGAGGCGUACCUACUAGAAUAUUGGCGACCUCGGCUUGGAAAAUGGGUCCGGUAUAGGGAUGUUAAGGGAGAAGAGGUAAUUAAAGGAAAUACGAACACCUAUCUGGAAUCAAAAGUCGAUCUCGAGCCUGCGAUAUGGGCGAGUAAAAUUCGUUUUUUACCAUACAGCUAUCACAGACGAACAGUUUGCAUGCGAGUAGAACUCUACGGAUGCUACUGGACUGAUGGUGUGGUCUCGUACUCGAUGCCUCAAGGAGAUAAGAGGGGCAACGACUGGGAGUUCUUUGACGCUGCCUAUGAUGGUCACUGGGAUGGAGAAUUGCAGCAUGGAUUGGGUCAGUUGAUUGACGGAAAAAGAGGCCCUGACAACUUUAAAAUGGGCUUCUACGAUUACGAUCGUGGACAAGGUUGGAUCGGAUGGAAGAACGAUAGUCGCAACGGACAGCCCAUCGAAAUCAAGUUCGAGUUUGACAGGGUCAGGGAAUUUUCAUCAGUUCAUAUCUUCUGCAACAAUCAAUUCACCAAAGAAGUUCGGGUCUUCUCUCAAGUGGACAUACUUUUCAGUAUUGGCGGAACAUACUUUAUUGGAGAACCAAUCACUUACAAUUAUAUGCAGGACAACAUUUUUGAGAGUGGUCACAAUAUCUCCGUAAAACUUCAUCAUCGCAUUGGCAAAUACGUAAAAUUGAGACUUCAUUUUGACGCGAGAUGGAUUAUGAUCAGCGAGGUGAUUUUCGAUUCAGAUGUAGCACAUGGUAAUUUCACUCCUGAAGAUUUGUCGUCUACGGAAGCGCCGCUGCAGACUGAUGUUCAUGUGGAAAAGGAUAAAGUACCAGAGGGAGAACUUCCGGUUUCGACGGCCAAGCACGAUGAUCCAACUUACAUGGCAGUCGUGAUCGGAAUCUUAACUGCUGUAAUUCUUCUUCUGGCAGUUGCUAUAUUCCUGAUAGUUUCGCGUCACAGACAACGGAAAUGCUUUGCCAGUCCUAUGACUGGAAAAGCUCCUUCACAUCUGGGAUCCACUUGUGCGACUGUAGAAAAAGGCGCUUCACUCAUGGCAUAUACUCUCGAAGAUGAUGAAAGGUAUGCCGGUGGUUCCCUUCCCACCCUGCCUCGAGAUCUUGGAAAUCGACUUCUGGACAUUGUGAAACUUGACGACUAUCAGGAACCUUACCAAGCUCUCAAAUACGCACCGUACUAUAGUUACAGUACUGUUAUAAUGGAGAUGAAGGACAUGGUUCUACCCAACAAAGGCAACAAUUCUGCGAUCUAUGCGAAUGGUGCAGUUGACACAUCAUACGAUUAUGCGGUACCGGAACUUGACUGUGCUAAUGGUGGACGAGCCCUAUCCAGCGCUGGCAGCGACCAAGACAGCGUUUUCUCCAAACUUUCGAGGGACAUCAAGACAGAAGAUAAAACGUCACCAACACAACAAGAUGUUCUUUCCGCCUUGAAGAAACGCCUGGAACAAACAAGCGUGCCGAUCUUCCCACGACAUAGGCUUCGCAUGUUGUCGAAACUCGCCGAAGGCGCCUUUGGAUCGGUGUACGUGGCGGAAGCAGAGGGAAUUCCGGAAUACGGCACCACAACUACCCUUGGAAAGAGACUCGUAGCCGUCAAGUUUUUACUACCAGAAGCAAGUGAGAAGGAAAAAUUAGAUUUCCAACGAGAUAUUAGGAUUCUGGCAGCUUUGGAGGAUCGAAAUAUUGCAAGAGUAGUUGGGGCUUGCUGCCGCGAGGAGCCAUUUUGCGUUGUUUUGGAAUAUCUUGAACACGGUGAUCUAUGUCAAUUCUUGAAAACUCACAUCACUGCCGAAGAUGCCCACUCAAUGCCAAUUGGUGUUAAAACACUCAGUUUCAACUGUCUCAUUUAUAUGGCAGCGCAAAUCGCUUCGGGAAUGCGUUACCUGGAACACCUGAACUUUGUGCAUCGAGAUCUGGCGACGAGGAAUUGUUUGGUAGGCAAAGCAUAUCACGUAAAAAUUUCUGACUUCGGUACGGAUAAUGAAUUGUAUGCUAGUGACUAUUAUCAAGUGGACUCACGACCUCUACCAAUCCGGUGGAUGGCUUGGGAAUCAUUAUUUUUAAGAAAAUAUACAACGAAAAGCGACGUAUGGUCGUUUGCUGUGACAGUGUGGGAAAUUCUAAACCUGGGAAGGCGAAUUCCUUACGAACAUCUUUCAGAUGAAGAAGUAGUGCAAUCCUUAAAGCAGCUACAUCGCAACAGCAGCGAAAAGGAAGACGUCCUGACUCUCUUCGACUAUCUUCCAAAACCCACUGCCUCCUCGAAGGACAUUUAUUCUCUCAUGCUAGAAUGUUGGAGACGAGAAGAAUCCGAGAGACCGACAUUCCGCGAGAUAUCUCUCUUUUUACAACGCAAAAACCUCGGUUAUGCCCCCACUUCUUGAUAUUAGGAUUAAAUAUUCACUCAUUUCGAAACGACUAAUGAAAAAUCAGGGUUGCCGCGUGUCAAGGAAAACCUGAUAAUCGGGAAAAAUCAGGGGAAAGUCAGGGAUUUGAAAAAAAUUGAAAAAAGCAAAGAAUUUCUGUAAGAAGCAUUUUAAGGUGCUUCUAAUGAGUUAUUUUUAGAUACACUGGGAGUGUAUCGGCGGUAAAC